GUAUUGACAUUGCUUUAUGGCUCAACAUUAUAAGAAAGAGUCCAUUACUUUAGAAAGAUUGGAGCUUUUCUGCGGUUGGAAAGACUUUAAUACUUAUGGACAUGUUGCUUUAGGGAGAAGAAAUCAAAACCUUUGUGGACACUUGUGGAAGGAAGAAAGCGUCGAUGCAAUCAAAGAUAUACAAGUAUAUUCUUGUAAAGAACGAAUAAGCUUUGAGCAGAUGAAACAGUUGUCGUGUUUCAGACCAGCAAAUAUUGGAGAACAGUUUGGUCCUUCUUGGUCUACUCAUUGGUUUCGUGUGGAGUUGGAAAUCCCUGAAAGCAUGGCGGGAAAAGAAGUCCACUUUUUGUGGGAUUGUAACGCAGAAGCUCUCUUAUAUUCCGAACAAGGCAUUUCUAUUCAAGGCUUGGUUGGAGGCAAGAGUCUUUGCCGAAGAGCAGAUUAUAGGAUAGCUAUUAAAGCAAAUGGAAGAGAGCGCUUUACUUUCUUUGUCGAAAUGGCUGCUAGUGGGUUAUUUGGAGUCGGUCAAGGUGGGGAUAUAGAACCUCCUGACGAGCAUCGAUAUUUUCUAUUAGAAAAAGUAUCAGUUGCAGUGUUUGACAGAGAUAUUUGGAACUUGUUAUGUGAUUUAACUUUACUUGCAGAAGCUGCACGUUUACUCUAUUCUCCUUAUAAAGAUCAAGCUCUUCGCAUUGCGAAUGAUAUAGUCAAUACAUGCGUUGUAGAUGAUCCGUCCACUUGGAAUGAUUGUCGAGAACUGGCAAAGGAGUUUUUUCAACAGAGGAAUGGAGAUGGACAAGCUCUCAUUAUUGCCUGUGGUCAUUGUCAUAUUGACACAGCAUGGCUAUGGCCAUAUGAGGAAACUAUUCGUAAAUGUGCAAGAAGUUGGUCUACUCAAAUAAGAAAUAUGGAACAGUAUGAUGGUUUUCAUUUUGUUGCCAGCCAAGCGCAACAGAUGGAAUGGAUAAAGGAAAGAUAUCCGGAGCUUUGGAAAGAAAUCAAAGCUUAUGUGAAACGGGGACGUUUCGUUCCAGUAGGAGGCACCUGGGUUGAAAUGGAUUGCAAUCUACCUAGUGGAGAGUCGUUAGUUCGCCAAUUUGUAUUUGGAGACUCGUUCUUUCAAAACAAUUUUGGUAUGCAUUCAUCCAUAUUUUGGCUUCCCGAUACUUUUGGAUAUUCUUCUCAGUUGCCUCAAAUAAUGCGCUUAUGCAAUAUAAAGUAUUUUAUGACUCAGAAACUUUCUUGGAAUUUGUUUAACCGCUUUCCACAUUCCACCUUUGUUUGGGAAGGUUUGGAUGGUUCCAGUGUAUUGACUCAUUUUCCUCCAGCUGAUACUUACAAUUCGUUGGGUAACUUGACAGAUGUUCUUCGUUCGGUUUCAAACAAUAAAGAUAUCGGCUCUUGCAAUGCUGCCUUGCUUUUGUUUGGUCAUGGUGAUGGUGGUGGUGGUCCCAGUCCUGCAAUGAUUGAAUCACUUUCUAGAAUGAAAGAUGUUGCUGGUAUUCCCCAAGUGGAGAUGAACAGUCCACAAAAAUUCUUCGAUAUCGCUCAAAACUAUUGGCAUCGUUAUCCUCGUUGGAAAGGAGAAUUGUAUUUUGAGCUCCAUCGAGGAACAUAUACUUCUCAAGCAAACGUUAAACAAGGCAAUAGGAAAUGUGAGUUGUUGUUGAAAUAUACGGAGGGUUUAUGUGCGGUAGCUUAUUUACUGAAGAAGAAGCCUUAUCCUUAUGAACAUUUGGAAAAACUUUGGAAACUUGUAUUGCUCAAUCAGUUUCAUGACACAUUGCCAGGUAGUAGCAUUCAACAAGUUUAUCAAGAUGCUGCUAGACAUCAUGAAAAAGUAUCCAAAGAAUUGAAGCAUCUAAUGGAGGAAUCUUUCCAACAGGUUAUUGAAAAACAUCAUUCCAAGGACGUCAUCAAAUGGAGUUGGAUAUCGGAAGAAGGUCAUCCGUGGUCUUCUUUUCAACUGAUAUAUACUGAUAUUUUGUUGGAUGAGAGUAUACCAUUUCAAACAACUUUAGAUGGAAAACAUAUGUAUUUGUUAAGGAAAGACUUUCCGAUGGAGGAUUUGAAUACAUUUUCGUGGGGUUUUGGGAUACAAAGUGGUCAACCCGUAGGAUGGGAUAACGUUCCAUGUGUUUCCAUUCAAAGGAUGGAAGACAAGUUCAUCCUUGAGAAUGCAUAUUUACGUUGUCAACUGACCACAGGAGGCCAUUUGACAAGUUUUCAAAAGAAAGGAAUAGAGAGAGAUGCCAUCCAAUCGGGAGCAUAUGGAAAUCGUUUUGUGACUUAUGAUGAUGUUCCAUUAUUUUGGGAUGCCUGGGAUAUUGAAGUCUAUCAUGAAGAGAAAUAUUGGGAAUGGCAACCAGCAAAAAGUUUCAAGGUUUUAGAGAAAGGGCCAUUGCGAGUGGUUAUCCUGUUCGAAUAUGAAUAUCAUCAAAGCUAUUUAUGGCAGUAUGUUAUGUUGGAUCUCUUAUCUGAUGUGUUGGUAUUUCGUCAUCAAUGUGACUGGCAUGAAAGUAGAAAGUUGUUAAGAGUAGAGUUUCCAACCAGUGUCUUGCAGAGUAUGAACGCUUCUUUUGAAACGCAGUUUGGUUGGGUAUCGAGGCCAACUCAUCGUAAUACUUCUUGGGAUAUAGCCAAGUUUGAAGUAUGUGGGCAUCGUUUUGCAGACCUCUCUGACCCUUCUUUUGGAGUUGCUCUACUCAAUGAUUGCAAAUAUGGCUAUUCAGUAAAGGACAACGUCAUAAGAAUGUCCCUAUUAAGAAGUCCCAAGAGUCCCGAUGAUCAUUGUGAUAUGGGAAAACAUUCCUUUUCUUGGGGGCUCUAUGUACAUGAGGGUGCAUUUCCUCAAGUCACUGUUUGGAGUCGAGCUCAAGCAUUGCAACAAUGGGAAGCAUUAGAAUAUCCCUUUCAUGUAUUGACACCUAUACAAGAAUGGUCAUUUUCUAGUUUUUCGCAAACAUUUAUGAGAAUUGUUUCUCCUUAUGGAAAUGUUUUAUGGACUGCGAUGAAGAAAGCAGAAAGGGAAGAGAAUGCCAUUUGUGUUCGUCUUUAUGAAGCUUUUGGGUGUCCAUGCAAUCGAAACCAAUCUUCUUGAACAUGAUACACAAGUUACGCAUACUGGGAACAUAGAUACAAAUGGAGAGUGGAUACUCUCGUU